CGAACGAUGAACGAGGAGGUCAUUUGUGGCUCACGCUACUAACGUCAUCAAUUUGCUUGGCGCUUCGCUUCCUUGUACGAAGCCAAUAGCAUGAGUGCCGAGAGAAAUAGGGGCCGGUCUGGUCUCUGACAUCCGAUUCUUUCCCUAAUCCUGUGCUGCUGGAGGAAUUUUAAAUCCGCUUUCCAACCUGCCAUAGGAACUGUGAGUGCGCGGAGGCGGAGGGCAAAUCUGUUGAAUUGGGGUUGUUUGGUUACUUUACGUGUGGACAUUGAUCUGUGAGAUCCAACCAUGACUAAUUUAACGGGGAGUCUCUCUGUGUAGCCUAGUAUAUAUAAAUAUUAAACAAAUGAAAGAGGAGGAGUCGGUUGUCGUUUGUUUAUGGAUAAAGGGAUGCAGGGCGCAUUUACAAAGGGGACCGGAGCCACUUGGAGAUGGGACUAAACGCCGCCAGACCUUGCGCAAGUUGAUUUUUUGCACCGCGCAAACUCAACAUAGGCUAAGAGAUUCUUGCUCUUGAAAAGCAUUUAUCUCCGCGUAGUUUGGAGGCGCAACAUGACAGAUACGACUGGAGACCUGUCACAAUAUUUUUUUAUGCAAAUCACUACAUUUUAAUUAAGUUAUCUCCAGAUCAUAUUUGGGACACAACUUUCCUUUGCAGAACAGAGAUUUGGACCUUGAAGCUCGUUGUUCCGCUCAGAUUUACCACGGAUGAAAAGGCAGCCACAUAUCAAGCUAUUUUUGUACGCGUGAGUCGGCAACUGCAUCCUUUCUGCAAAGGAUGCACCCAGAAAACAACAGUAACUCGUCGGAGAAUGUGCCAACAGGCGCCGGUGGUCCUGCCCACGAGAGGGCUGAGGUGAACGGACUGGACCAGGCAGAGGUAUCAAAUUGCGAGCUGCAGGCUGGGCAGCGUGAUCAGUCUGUCCAGAGUACUAUGGAGCAUAAGGAGGCAGUCCAUGUCCCAGACAAACUCGAGGAGGUGAAUCAGUGCUGUGAGGGGAGUGAGAGUAAAAAUGCCCCGGAGGACAGCACGGCACAACUCAUCGAAACAGGAUGUACCGACAAAAGGCCACUCUCGCCAGAGACCGGUCAGGCGCCAAGUGCCAUGCCAGGCUCGGACUUCGUGCCCCCCGAGGGUGGAUUCGGCUGGUUGGUGGUCUUCGCUGCUACCUGGUGCAACGGGUCCAUCUUCGGCAUACAAAACUCCUUUGGCAUUCUCCACUCUAUGUUGGUAAAAGAGCAUGUGGACCCCGAUGACAAAGCAUCGCAGUUUAAAGUAGCAUGGGUCGGAGCGCUGGCCAUGGGAAUGAUCUUCUUCUGCUCUCCUGUCGUGAGCAUGUUCACAGACCACUUUGGCUGCAGGAAGACAGCGGUGGGGGGCGCGUUUGUGGCCUUCCUUGGGCUGCUCGCCACUUCGUUUGCAAGCUCCCUCGUCCUCCGCUACUUCACCUACGGGAUCCUCUUCGGCUGCGGCUCGUCCUUCGCCUUCCAGCCGUCGCUGGUCAUCCUCGGCCACUACUUCCGCCGGCGGCUGGGCCUGGCCAACGGCGUGGUGACGGGCUGCAGCAGCCUCUUCUCCAUGGGCCUGCCGGUGCUCCUGAAGAUGGUGGCCGAGCCCCUGGGCCUGCCCGCCACCUUCCGGAUCCUCAGCGUCUUCAUGCUGGUGCAGGCGCUGCUGGCGCUGACCUUCCGCCCGCUCCUGCCCUGCCGGGGCAGCGGGCCGAUGGGGUCGCCCGGAGGAGGGGCGGCGGGCGGCGGAAGCAGGUGGCGGCGGGCACUGUCCGCGGUGAAGGCCUUCUUCAACCUGCGAGUGUUCCGCAUCGUCACGUACCGCGUGUGGGCGUUCGGCGUCGCCACCGCAGUGCUCGGCUACUUCGUGCCGUACGUUCAUCUGAUACAGUUUGUGGAGGAGCGGUUCCCGAAUUCGGGGAAAGACUGGAUUCUUCUGGUAUGCAUCGGUGCCUCGUCGGGAGUUGGACGGCUCAUCUUCGGGAAAGUGGGAGACCUCAUUCCGGGGGUAAAGAAGAUAUACAUGCAGGUGGCGUCCUUCAUGGUGCUGGGCCUGAUGUCCAUGAUGAUCCCGCAGUGCCGCGUGUUCGAGGGCCUGGCGACGGUGUGUGUGUUCCUGGGGCUCUGCGACGGCUGCUUCAUCACCAUCAUGGCGCCCAUCGCCUUCGAGCUUGUGGGGCCCAUGCAGGCCUCGCAGGCCAUUGGCUAUCUGCUCGGACUCAUGGCUAUCCCCAUGACUGCUGGCCCUCCCAUAGCCGGUCUCCUGCACGACUACUUUGGCAACUACCAAGUGGCGUUCUACCUAGCUGGCGUGCCGCCCAUCGUCGGCGGGAUGGUGCUGUUCUGCGUGCCCCUGGUCUACCAGCGCAUGGCAAGGGCACAGAAGAAGGAGCAGGUGGACCCCAGCGCCGACAAGAUGCUCAAAAACUGCUCCAACGGAGACAUGCUCCCGGGCUUCACCGACAUGGAGACCCACAUCUGAGAGCUCCUUCCUGCCAAGCAAAGUCCAGAGGGAUUCUGUUCACCAGCACAUACUCAACUGUGACCUGCAAGAGUCUCCGAAACCAUGGCAACUAUGCUUUCGUAGUUUGUCACAGAACUGUCAACAAAGUUACUACAAUCCAGGAGGUGUUCACAGGAGAAGAAAUGCUGUUGCUUCAAAGCCCUUCAUUGUCCUUGAGAAUGCCUUCACACCGUCCCAAACAACCCCUGUGUCCCAUAUGAUGUGACAUAUUAACUGAAAGAGGAAGUUUGAUAGUGUGUUUGUGUGUGUGUGUGUUUGUGUGCGGAGGGCUAUAGGUAGGAUAUAUGGUAGACCCAGAAGGAGUCAGCAUAUGUUGGCAUGAUGGUGCUCAGUCAUACCCAGUCAUUUCGUUUAAUGAACUCAUAGCAUAAAUUCUCUCCAGUCAAAGAACAAAUGUUUUGUUGGUUGAAAAUACUUGGACUGGACUAUAAAUACAGUGGGCUGGAGUAGAUGCCUUUUUAACAGGAACUGGGUGUUGUUUUCUGCAUAUGGCUUUGACUAAGCAUUAAUUUCCUUUUAUCAUAUGCAAAAUAUUGUUGUGGGUAAGAUCCAACUGGCAGUUAUUGAGGGACUACUCCAUAACUGAUUACUUCCUUGUAAAAAAGCCUUUUUUUAAAAGCGUGUUUUCAUUUAUGUUCUAUUUUUCUGUCUGUUCUCUACCAAGUUAAAUUUGUAAAAUGCUUCAAAUUUAUUUUGUAUAACAAUAUUUUGGUGACAAAUCGAGAAAAGCAACACAUGUUUUUAUAUAUGCAUAAGUUAGUUUUAAUACAUCUUUAAUUACUUACAAAAUCAGUCUCAAAUCCAACGUAUGCCACUAUGCAUACAUCAAUAUGCAGUAGUUUUGCAGUCUGUGCCAUUGGCUACAUGUCCAUUUGACCACUAUGUUGGAAAAAAUACAUAGUGUCAAUGGAAUAUGUAGAGCCUUAAUUCCCUCUGUAUUAGUAGUACUUCUCUCCCCCAUUAUAUUACAUACAUUUGGCAGUGUAUGAUAGGAAGCAUCUCUCCUCGUAUGAUUUGUAUAAUGAUUUUUGGCUUCAGAUUUGUAUUGAUUUUCUUUAUAUGCAUGUAGGACACUGACUCGUAGAAAUGUGAAACGUAGAAAUGUUCUUUUAAUGAUUUUAUUUUUCUUGUUCCGUGUAAAUAACGGCCCCAAAGGUCCUCUGUGUGAAUCAUAGCAAGCAGUGGUGAUGAGACGGAGCAAAGAUCAGAUAUUGAUAUGGUGGAUGGUUGUGUGAAAACAUCCUUUUUAAAUCUGUGUGGUUGUUUGUUUGUUUGUUUGUUUGUUUGUUUGUUUUUCUUUUGUUUAUUUGGCAAAACAGACAGUGCAGUGCUUGUUAUCUUCUGGUUGAAGAAAUACCUGGCAAACUAAUUAAACACCAAGCCACACCGGGUGCGUAACUGAAGCGUUCCAUUCGUGACACGUAAAAUCCAUUUAAGAAGACUAGUCUAUAUUUUUUAACAUACGUGCCGUAGUCAAAACCCAUUUAAGAACACUAGACUAUUUUUGAACGUACGUGCGGCUGUCACGUCUGGUGUAGCGACUUCCAUUGAUUAUAGUGGAAGGUAAUUGUUGCGAUGCAACGUGAAUGGAACGCUGCAGUUACGCACCCGGUGUAUUUCCCCUGUAAGACUAAACAGUUGUUUAUGAAGGAUAAUGGCACACAUGCAUAGCACUGAUAUUCUCACUCAGCACCAUAUUAUGGUAUGCGGCUAUGUUUUGAGAAACACACAGUGUAAACACGUGCCCCCUUCAGUUUUCAGUGAAACUUCAAAAGAUUAUCAUUGUAAUUCCGUCAUGUUUUCCAGGGAAAACGACAGCAACCCCUUGCCUACUGUAGUUCUGACAAAGAUUAAGCUUGUGCCAGUUACAAUGACUGUGAACAAAUCGUCUUUGCUCGAUUCAUUGACCUCAGUAAAAAGAAGUAGGCAAGGCAACUACAGUAGUUUUCUAAUUGACAUCUUCUGGGCUUUAUAUGUUUUUUUAAUAUUGGGCAUGCUUUUCCUUUGGAGUCAGUAUAGUCUAAACAACAUCGCCUCACGCGGGCCAGUGCUUAGGAAUCCCUUUUUAGACGGAGUGAUACGGCACUGUCCCCUCACCGUAUAUGGACCAUUUACCUCUCCUGACACUUACUUCCUGUCUUCUGUGAUAGUACCUUGAAUAGGUGUGUGUAGGAGUAUUUUCAAGGUCAGAACAUACCUCAACUGCCCGUCUCCUCUAGGUGAAGUCAAGAUAACGUUCUUUUCUCUCUCUCACACACACACACACACACACACACACACACACACACACAUUUUCUCUCUCUCUUUUCUCAAAUGCCGUUGCACUUAUCUCUAUCUCCCACAAAAGGCAGAAUUUCACGUUUCAGUCAGACACUUCAAAGAGGGUGGGGAGGGGGUUGUUUGCGUGUGAGAUUCAGAUUUUUGCGUUCGUCUCACUAAGUAGAAUGUCUCAGGAACUCAGGGACUGCUUGUUGGAUAGUUCCAGUUGCUCUGUUACCUUCUCUCUCUUCAGGUCGUUUUUUUCUCCAGUGCUUGCUGUAGCAUUUUUCCUCCCUGUGGGGUCACAGAACAAAUACACGAUAGGAAACGGAGCAUGCUGCUUUCUUGCGGUGUUGGUGUAGAAACACUGUAUAAUCCAGGACCACAAAAAAAUCAACUGUAUGCUGCUUUUUUCUGUUCUCUUUUUUUUAUUCGGGCUUUGCGAAAAACAGCAUACAUGUGCCAUUAAUUGAGUUCAGCUGCCCACAUUCUUGGCUUUGUGUAGCUUGAGCGUAUUUCUUCCGCACUUCCCAAAUCGGUGAUAGAUGGUCUUCCAUGACAUGGUUUAUGUUUUUACCAAAUGUAACUCUACAAGCUGUGUGUGUGUGUGUCUGUCUGUCUGUCUGUGUCUCUGUGUGUCUGUGUGUGGUUUCUGUGUGCGGUGUGUGUGUGUGUGUGUGUGUGUGUGUGUUUGUGUGUGUGUGUGUGUGUGUGUGUGGUUGCUGAUUAAGUGUGAGCAGGACGUGGGGAGAGAGCAAAGGAAGAGAGCAUUUCUGAGUCCUGUGGAGUCUAUGUUUCAGUUCCGUAGAAACCGCUCCCUCUCCAUGCCUCUCUAUGGCCUCCACUUGCUUUUUAAAAAAAAAUCUGCAAAUCUCCAGCAUUCAAAAAUGUUACUGUCAGUUUAUAGGGAUAACACAAAAUCAUCUCACAGCUAUUACCUCAGAAACUGUUGAAAUUUCUCCCUGUAUUUGUAGGGAGUUGCCAUGGCAUUACUUUGGAAUAGGACCCAAUCCAUAAAUGACUGAUAUCACAAUUUUAUUCCACAUAGUGCAUAUAUCAUGUCCACAGUAACAUGCCGAUUGAUGAUGUUCUGGGUGUUAUAUUUUUUAUGUCUUUAGUGACAUGAAUAAUCCUUUACCUCACUUACAGUUUAAAUCUGCCGAAUUAGGAUUUUAUUUUUAUUUUAAUUUUUUUUUGCCAAAGCAGUGUGUUUGUAUCAAUGUAAACUGAUUUUCUUUUUCUCCUGUCAAAUAAUGAAAUUUUAUGACUUUUAUGACAGUGCCUGCAUAGAACAUGCUCUAUCAAUUCUACAGAGGACGAGUGUUUUGUUACACACAAACUAACAUAUACCAGUUUACAUAAUCUUUAUAGAAUCCUCUGGAGCACAGCUCAUAUGCAUCAUAUAUAUAAAUAUAAAUAUAAAGCUUUCUUUAAAUAUGUAUAUUGUAACCAUCCUCCUAGAGGUUGUUGCUGUUAAUCUGAUGAAACAUACUCUAAGAGGUUGCUUGUAAAAUUCUUUUUAAAUGCAGAUGUAAAAUGACAUUUUUUAAAAUACUGUUUUAGGGCCAAGCCUUUUUUUGACAGACUUGAGUAUUUGAAAAGGAAAGUUGAUAACAGUCGUCUAACUCAAGCAAGGAUUUUAUGCCAAGACUUAGAUGUGCUGUGGUUCUCUAUGAACCAGAGUGAAGGAGUUUACUUUUGUUUGUUUCUCUCCGACUGAGUGCUAUCGCUGUGUAUUGUCUGUGCAACUUGGGCACCUCCUCUCCAAACCUCAAUCUUUUGAUAUCAUUUCUAUGUUUCUGAACCCCAUCACAACAAAAAGAAGGAAACCUACACUCAAAGACGUUCUGCUGCUAGGGAUGAGUAAUUUUGUGUUUAUGUGAAUAGUUUUUGAUCCUCAAUAGUAUACUUCUUUUUUUCUAAUAAACCAACAAUAAGCGGA